GUGUGCUUCGCCCUCUAUGCCAUCGUGCGCUAUACGUUCAGGUUGUUUACUAAGCACCGCGAUCAAACAGCUGAGGAGUUUAUCACCGCACGAGGCACACAAAAUAAAUGGCGCAUUGCUUGGUCUUUCUUCGCAUCGGCCGUCGGAGCUUGGUGCAUUACAGCGCCGCCCUCCUUCGCUGUCUCGACAGGCAUCGUGGGUUGCGUCAUGUACGCCUUUGCAUCAGGCAUCCCGCGCUUCGGCCCUGUUGCGAGGACGCUCGUCGUCGUCAUCAGUCUUUACAACAUGAGCAUCGCGCUCCUCGCGGAAUACACCACGAUUGGACUGUUGUUCAAAUACUUCGUCGGCUCAGUCGACUACCCCGUCAUCAUCGUUGUCGGCGCUCUCACCAUGAUUUACACAGCCUACGGCGGCGUCUACAUCUCCAUCAUCACGGACCAGGCGCAGGGCAUCUUCACGGCGCUCUUCAUUCUCAUCCUCGUCAUCUACACCGCCGUUACCUUCCGCCCGGAUUCACUUCCUAAACCGCUGCCCGAGAAUCUAGGACCCAAUGCGAUGUGGCAAAAGGUCUGGGCGUCCGAGAGCCGCCGUGCUGUCGUGUUUGGCGGCGGCGUUGGCUUCCUGCUGAUCAUGGUGGCAGUUUUUCUGUUUGGUUUCGGAGGGUGGUUGGCGGCGUGGGGCGGUUACAUCACGGAUGUAACCGAUUACAAUCUUUACCUGUUCCAGGUGUUUUCUUCGGAGCGCGACGCCGCCGCCACAGGUGCCUCUGUUCAGGUGUCGUCGUGGGUUGGUGUCGUAACGCUCAUCUUGGCAGCCACCAUGAACGAGUCCGCCAUCGAUUCCAUUCAAAACGGCAUCACCGCAGUGCUCGCCCAGCACUUCUUCAAGGGCCAACACACCGUCUUCCCGCGCCUGGUCACCGUGUGCGUCAACAUUCCGCUCAUCAUCAUUGCGCUGCAAGGUUACAAGGUCCUGUCGCUCUUCCUGACCACCAACCUGCUCUCGACCUGCUGUUUCCUGCUUGUGGGGCUCGGGCUGUCGAACCGACUGAAACCCUUCUUCAGCGAAACCGCGCUGGUGUUUGGGUUUUGCGUGGGCAUGGUAACGGUCACGUUGUACGGCAUAGGUCGCAAGGGCUGGUCGGCGUCGUACGGUGCAUGGUACGUUUGGUACGGCAACUUGUACGACUGGGAUAUAUUUCUGGUGGCCAGCGGAUUCAGCUUGGUUGGUGCACUGAUGUGGGCGGUGCCGGCCGGUCUGCUCCGUCUGCUCGGAUUCUACGGAUGCGGCAUUUCCGAUGUCCUCUGCAGGCUGCCCGGAUUCGGAUUUAUCACCGGCAGCGGCUGCAGCCAUGACCUCCUGUCGUACCGAUGGACGCGGCCCAUUGCCGUACUGCUGCGCUACACACCUGCUGCGGCACCGUGUGCAUCGAGCGGAACCUCUUCGACGGACGCAGCUAUGUACGGCAAAUCUGGCGCCGUACAGAGCUACUCAGAGACGACUCAGUUGCCGAACCCAGCUGGUGGCGGUAAGGGGUUCAUCCGUGAGGGUGCCGUACGCGCCUCCUAUCAGUGUGGGCCCUGCUAA